UUUUCUGUGAUUUUUUUUAUCUAAUUAUAUUAAUAUUGAUUUUUAUCUCUACACAUAUGUUAGUUGUCCCUGAUGAAUAGCAAUUUUUAUUAUUAAUAAAAACCUGAAUUCUAUCCCUAUGUGUUGAUAUAUGUUACCUAGCUACCUGUGUCCAAGAGUGUGUGUUUUAUGAUAAAUAAAAUUUUUUUUUUUUGCAUGUUUCUAAGGGUCAGAGUAAAAGAGCAUAACAGUACCAUUGACACAUAUAUAUAUGUCUAUAUAUAUAUUUUGAAAAAUAGUGACAGCCAGUGUAUAUCGUCCCGACAACACACACACAACAAAAGGGUCUAUAUAUAAAUAAACGAGUACUAUUAAUGGUACUGGCACCAGCAGUAAGAACACACCGAAGAAGUUUAGCAGCAGUAUAGUAUACUGUUUUUAAUACGUCAACCCGAUUAACAAACCAACAAAUACAAGGCAAUCUGAAGAUGAGAAAAGUUACACUAUCGAAGUUUAUGGACCGAGUCGUAAGACACUAGAUUCAUAUUCCAAAGAACACAGGUUUAAAUCCCGGCUGGCCAUUGUCAUAUCGUCUUAAAGUCUUAAAAUUAACAGCGAAACAUAUAGGUACCAGAACAGAAGUCUGUGUAACGUAGUUUACUAGUUAUCUAUACUAAUAUUAUAUGGCUGAAGAGUUUGCUUGUUUGUUUGAACGCGCUAAUCUCAGGAACCACUGGUCCUAUUUGAAAAAUUCUUUCAGUGUUGGAUAGUAAGCUACAUUUAUCGAGGAAGGCUAUAGGCUAUAUUAUAUUAUCAAUAACAUUAGGGAUCCUUACAAAAAGUCCAAUUUAGAAUCAAAUGCGUUGGAGGGGGUUAGAUACAACAUGCAGUACACGUACGAAGUGUGUGUUGACAAUGCCGCAGACGCUAGAAGUUUAUUUCAUAUUGCCUAUUAACAUUGUUGCCACGCACUAGAUGCCUUAUCAUUCUUAAUUUUCCCAUACAAGUAAAAAACACCCGUGGGAUAUUAACAACGAAGCAAUCAGUACCCUCAUAAGAGUUCAAUUAGUAUUUAAAUACUUUUUAUCACUUUAAAUCGCAAACCUAAACUAUUUUUUUUUCCUCUCUCUGUGUUUCAUUUGUUUUUUUAUUGCCAUUUUUUUCAAGUAUAUAUAUUUUACAGACUUGAAACUUCACAGUAAUGUUCCUUAUGUUACGCAGGAUGACAUUUUCCGAAAAUUAGAUCCCAUGGGUGGUUAAAACCAGGCAACAGUGGGUACUUUGUCUGCAUGAGAACAGGAUUUUGCAUUGUUCAUGCCUUCUGCGUCUCCAUGGCAACGGGCAUCGCGCGGCAGUGGCGUACCCACAAGGAGGGGCAUGUAUAAUGAGCGGCGCAAGAGUGAUCUGCCUGUAGACUGCCGUAGCGAAGUACGGGUAAAUCAGUUGUACGUUGCGUGCACGAGUCGGGAAACCAUCGGUGCUAUUCAUUUUCUCUCCGGUACAUUAUACAGCAUUGUAAUAAAUUUUCACUGAAUUUUUUUUUUGCCAUUAAUGUAAAUGGGAGAUGUGGCUUAAUUUCUUCCCAUUAGUAUAGCCGUGCGAAGCCGGGUCGGGCAGCUAGUUUGUUAAUAACAUUGUAGCGAAACGAAACAUUGUGAAUAAUAUGUAAUAUAGAAGUUGGCAGCGUUGUCUCUACGUCGUUGGCAACAAUUCCUAACUCCAUGGUUGGCAGCAAAGAAGCAAGUUGCUGCUACCUAACGAGAACUGUUUGAAUCUUCAGUGUUUACAAACACAAAAUUAACUAAAUGUCAAAUAAGCGCACAAAUAAUGCCUAGUGUGCUCGGGCUGUAAAAAAAAAAAAAAUAACAUGAUAAUAUUCAUAUAAAAUGAUUAUCGCUAUCAUAUUAUUCAAGUUUUAAUUCAGAAGCUUUGUUUUUACUUCUGUAAUAAUUUGUGUUUUACAGUCAACUAUCUUGUGAAGUAGAAAUGAAAAAAGAAAAGACUGCAGACAAAUCAAGACCGUACAAAUUAGCGCAUCAGAUUGUGAGUCUAACGGGAAUUAAUUUUCAAAGACAAAGUAUAAUUGGUUUCGUGGAGCUGACGAUAGUGCCGCUGAAAGACAACCUGAGGACCAUCAAGCUGAAUGCCAAGCAAUGCCGCAUCUACAGGGUCAUCCUGAACGACACCUACGAGGCCCCGUUCCAGUACUUCGACACCUUCCUCGACAUCUGCCAAGGGGAUGCCAAGCAGAGGUCCCUGGAGGCGUUCUCGGCCAGCCACCUGUCGGCGGCGCUGCAGACGGACCCCGACCACAACGCGGGGGAGCUGAUCGUGAGCGUGCCCUCGGAGGCGGCCCACCUCCUGGGCGAGGGCAAGGGCCUGCGCAUCGGCAUCGAGUUCUCCCUGGAGCAGCCGCAGGGCGGGGUGCACUUCGUCAUCCCCGACUGCGAGGGGACCCUGGCCGAGAGGGGCGCCCACAUGUUCACCUACGGCCACGAGAACUCGUCGCGCCUGUGGUUCCCCUGCGUCGACAGCUACGCCGAGCCCUGCACCUGGAAGCUGGAGUUCACCGUCGACGAGAACAUGACCGCCGUGUCGUGCGGGGACCUCAUCGAGGUGGUGUACACCCCUGACAUGCGGCGCAAGACCUACCACUACAUGCUGGCCACCCCUGCGUGCGCCCCCAACAUCGCCCUGGCCGUAGGGCCGUUCGAGAUCUUCGUGGACCCCUACAUGCACGAGGUGACGCACUUCUGCCUGCCGCAGCUGAUGCCGCUGCUGAAGGUGUCUGCGCGCUACAUGCACGAGGCGUUUGAGUUCUACGAGGAGACGCUGGCCAACCGCUACCCCUACUCGUGCUACAAGCAGGUGUUUGUGGACGAGGUGGACCAGGAGGUGUCGGCCUACGCCACCAUGAGCAUCCUCAGCACGAACCUCCUGCACUCGCCGGUGAUCAUCGACCAGACGUACAUCACCAGGAAGGCCAUGGCGCAGGCGAUCGCGGAGCAGUUCUUCGGCUGCUUCAUCUCCAUGCAGAACUGGUCGGACACGUGGCUGCCCAAGGGCAUCUCCAUGUACCUGUGUGGCCUGUACGCCAAGAAGUGCUUCGGCAACAACGAGUACCGGGAGUGGAUCCACUCGGAGCUGCAGGAGGUGGUGCAGUACGAGGAGAAGUUCGGGGGCAUCGUGCUGGACCCCAGCCAGCCGCCCGCGCCUGUGCCGGCCGCGCUGGCCUCCUCCACCCCUCCCCAGCGCAGCCCCGACUCCAGCUUCUAUUUCCCGGUGCGCAGCGUGCACACCAUGUCCCCUCAGUACCUGGACAUGAUGCGCAAGAAGGCCCACCUCGUCAUGAGGAUGCUGGAGCACCGCAUCGGACAGGAGCUGCUGUUGCAGGUGUUCAACAAGCAGUUGUCAUUGGCCUCCAACGCCUCGCAGCAGAAGAUAGGCUCCGGUCUGUGGAGCCACAUGCUCAUCAGCACCAACGUGUUCGCCAAGGCCAUCUUCACCGUCACCGGCAAGGACAUGGCCGUGUUCAUCGACCAGUGGGUGCGCACGGGCGGCCAUGCCAAGUUCAACCUCAACUUCGUCUUCAACAGGAAGAGGAACACGGUGGAGCUGGAGGUGCGGCAGGACGCCACGCAGCAGCGCGGCAUCAGGAAGUACGUGGGGCUGCUGCUGGUCACCAUCCAGGAGCUGGACGGCACCUUCCGCCACACCCUGCAGGUGGAGGGCACCGUGGCCAAGGCCGACAUCACCUGCCACUCCAAGAGCCGCCGCAACAAGAAGAAGAAGAUCCCGCUGUGCACCGGCGAGGAGGUGGACAUGGACCUCAGCGCCAUGGACCCUGACUCGCCGGUGCUGUGGAUACGGCUGGACCCCGACAUGACGCUGCUGCGUGCUGCGAUCAUCGAGCAGCCCGACUACCAGUGGCAGUACCAGCUGCGGCACGAGAGGGACGUGACGGCCCAGCUGGAGGCCAUCCGGGCCCUGGAGCGCUACCCCACGCCGGCCACGCGCCUCGCGCUCACCGACACCAUCGAGAACGAGCAGGCGUACUACAAGGUGCGCUGCCGCGCCGCCCACUGCCUCACCAAGGUGGCCAAUGCCAUGGUGGCCAACUGGGCAGGGCCACCCGCCAUGCUGGCGAUAUUCCGCAAGCUGUUUGGCUCUUUCUCGUGCGCGCACAUCAUCAAGCAGAACAACUUCAGCAACCUGCAGCACUACUUCCUCCAGAAGACGAUACCGCUGGCGAUGGCAGGGCUGCGCAACACGCACGGCAUCUGCCCCCCGGAGGUGAUCCGCUUCCUGCUGGACCUGUUCAAGUACAACGACAACAGCAAGAACCGCUUUUCGGACAACUACUACCGGGCGGCGCUGGUGGAGGCGCUGGGGGCCACCGUCACGCCCGUCAUCUCCGUCAUGCAGCAGGGGGCUGCCAUCACCGCGGAGUCGCUCUCGGCGGACACCAAGUGCGUGCUGGAGGAGGUGACGCGCUGCCUCAACCUGGAGAAGCUGCUGCCGUGCUACAAGUACACGGUGACGGUGGCCUGCCUCAAGGCCAUACGCAAACUGCAGAAGUUCGGCCACCUACCCAGCAACCCCUCGCUCUUCAAGAGCUACGCCGCCUACGGGCAGUUCAUAGACGUGCGGCUGGCGGCGCUGGAGGCGCUGGUGGACUUCACGCGCGUGGACGGGCGCUGGCCCGACCUGCAGUUCCUGCUGGACCUGUUGGAGGGGGACCCCGACCCGGCCGUGAGGCACCGGCUGGCGCGCAUGCUGGUGGACAGCCCGCCCUUCGAGCGCGCCCGCCGCCACAAGCUGGACCAGGACGCCCUCGCCCACCGCCUCUGGAACCUCAUCAACUGCAUGCUGUCGUACGACUCGCGGCUGCGCUGCGACAUAGUGGACCUGUACUACACGCUGUACGGCACUCGGCGGCCGCUGUGCCUGCCCGUCCCCGAGAUGGUCGCCAUCCUCGGCAGCCUCAAGCCGGAGCGACGCAGCAGCCCGGUGCACAAGGAGCCCAAGCCGCCCAAGACCCAGCCCCCGUCUGUGGCGACCGCGAGCGUCGCCUCGGGCUCGGUCGCCGACGGAGAGCCGGCGGGGGGCGGCGGGGGGACCGCGGCGAAGCGCAAGGCCAGCUCCCCCCUGCGCGAGACGGAGCUCAUCACGGACGACAACAACCUGGGGCUGGUCACCGUGGAGAUCGUGGCCGGCGACGAGGGCAGCAAGGUCCGCGUGAAGGAGACGGCAGGGACUCCAGCUGGGGCAGGACCGACCCCCGCGGCGACUGCGGCCGGGCCGUCCGGGCUGCAGGCCUCCGCCCCCGGGGGCCCCGUCAAGUCGGCGUACUUCUCCGACAACUCCCAGUCGCUGCCGGGGAUCCUCGGCACGCAGGGCCCCGUGGGCUUCGAGCCGGGCAUGUUCCGCAAGGAGGGGGAGCCGGUCGUCGCGGCGCCCCGCCACCACAAGCCCGACCCCGGCGUCAAGGCGCGGCCGCACGUCCCGGGCGUCGUCAGCUCCAAGCUGAAGAAGAAGAAGAAGGACAAGAAGAAGCACAAGCACAGGCACAAGCACAGGCACGAGCACAAGCACGGCAAGGACAAGGAGCGCGACAAGGAGGGGCGGAAGGAGGGCAAGGCGCGGGGGAAGGAGGAGACGCUGAGCUCCGGCAGUUCCAGCCCGAGCCCCGGGCCGUCUGCCCGGACCUUCACCUUCUGAGCUCCCGGGGGGCAGCCGACAAGUGUCUGCUCCGUUUCAACGUGGGCCAGGCAUCUCGCGAACUGGGCUCCGUGGUUGGACGUGUGUUUAAGAAUGGACCGGCAGAGCCAAAUAAUAGACAAAGUCGUAAAGAACCAAGUACAUAGUUCCGAUUUGCCACCGCACCAUAACAAAUCAACUGUUUCAAAAACAUUAAUAAUAUUGUAAUGCAGAAGGUGCAUCUAUCUCCGUAUCACUCGCCAAGCACUACAUGUUAACGUAUUUUGAACAGAUGAAGCACUCUAAAGAAAAAUGCUGUGUCCAAGGAGAUUUUUGAACCUCCUAGGCCACUGUUGCUUCGCACCCAGUGCCGACAGCAAGAAGUUUGGCUCGCAGAACUGUAAGCUGGGUUCGGGCUCAGCAAAGGAAGCUUGAUGACGGAGCUCGUACUCGGUGAACUGGUUUGUGCUGCAGACAAUGCCUCCACGAACGAGAGUAACGGUGAACUCAAGGUUUGGGAAAGUGAUUAUGCGGUGGGUUUUUUCUCUGCUUUCUUCUGCACGAUGGGAAUAGGACAGUUGCGGUCAACAAUGGAGAGAACACUUGCAUCCUCCCAGCAAUGAGUCAUCCUGCAGAAAUGAUAAGUGGUCAUAGUUCUGUGUAUUGAUGUCAAUUAGAAAUAGUAAAAUUAUUACAAUGUUU